AAGGCACACUGUAAACAACCAGUGACGCACAGACGUGCAGCCUCGUACCUAACUCCACUGAUUCAGCUCUUAGGCUCCACAAGCAACAAGUAACUAGCCCCUGGUCUCCUGCAGAAAAAAUGCUGUUCAGCUCCCGCCCACUCUGGAAAACACUGGUUUUUAUAAGUUUAGCAGUGCUUCUUGCAGGUCUUACUGAAAUUGGAGCUUUUGCUAAUCCAAAUGAAUGUAAAAGUGCAACCAUAGAUGAUGUCAAUGAGAGUCUUAAGAAAUAUUCAAACUGUUUUCAUGAAAUGAUCCCUGAGGGUAAAAAAUCUUCAAUCAAUUUCCUUGUUUGGACACUGCAAGAAACACUUGAUCUCCUGCGCCCUGCUCAAGAGAAAUUUUGCAAGCAGCUUCCUCCCUGCCCACUCCCACUAGCCCCUAGAAAUGGCGGGCUGGUGUGUACCACCAUUGACAAUGCUCAGUACUGCAAACCCAUGUGCAACAAGGGUUAUGACUUCCAAUUCCUCAGAAGAAGUAGACUGUAUGAAGUAUGUGGCAGCAGCACCGGUUUUUCCUGGACAACACAGCUUGCUGGGGGAAAAGCACUGGCUGUUUGUAACCCCUCUGAGAUGGCCAUCAGUGGAGCUGAAUCUGCGUAUUUCUCCACCAACAGCACCUGUCUGCACACAUUAGCCUUUGCUGAAACUCAGACUGAGCAGCUAAACAUCUUCCUCAAAGAGCUUGGCGAGCAAGGCAUAGACGGCUCCAAUCGUGACAAGGAUGCUGAUUGUAUCAUUUGUGGUUACUAGCACCAAAAGUCUUGUGCCACAGACCAACCAGCCAUCUGCAAUCUGACAUGGGUAUUUUGACAAGAGAAGCAGAGCAGUGAAAUCACUGCUAAGACAUGUAAACAUACAGCUUUUAUUUAGGUAAAGGGCUAGCGAUCAUAGUCCUAAUUUGACCUCAGCUCUUGGAUACAGAUAUAUAGGUUAACCUAAUUGCAUGGCAGAGGUUUUUCAAAGAAAGAUCACUUUUAUAGCUUAAAUUUGUCUAGCUGGAAUUGAAUAAGAAAUAGCGUUGUUUAAUGGUUGCAGUCAUUAGUUAAACACAGUAAUUGUUAUCAAAUGCCAUCUUCCAUCAGGUGUUGUUUUUACUUUACUUCUAGUUGCUUUUACAAGUGCCAAUUAAUCACUAUUGUUUCUCUGAUGACCAUUAAAGCAGUGCAAGUCACAACAGUUACAAUUCUUUAUUCACGUGCCUGCUUGGUUGGGGGUUAAAUCCAGCUGUACAUACAGCUGUUCAAGGUGCUGUGAUUUGCAUGAACUACAAACUUAAAGCACUGUAGUUUGUUGGUGGGACAACUCUAAGGUUUCUCCUUGUAUUUAUUGUCUUGAGGAGAUCCCACAGAAACACACAGCCUUUAGGUAUACUGCAGUGCACUUCUAGGAGUCAAGAAGUGCCCUGUAUGCUUGCUGUAACCAGGCAAAAUGGCAGGAAAAAUGUAUUGUCUCAGUUCAGUACAUGCGAAAAGUGGGGUUGCCCUAAACUAGCAGAUAUUUGCAUCAUGCCUUCUGUGCCAAAAAGGUGAAAGUGAUGGGCGUUGAGGGACCUGCAUGAGAAGCUCUGUAGUUUGUGUGCCAGGGAUCUGCUUCAGUCUCCUCUGUUUAGUCCCUGUGGGGCAAAACCAUAGUGGUUCUGAAAAAAAAGUUCUAUUGAUCUUUGGUUUGCUCUAACAGCUAUGUCUACCCUGGGAUGCAAGGCUGCAAGUGCACUUCUGCACUUCCUUGCACAACCUGGGUAUAUGUGGCACAUGCACCUGCAGGGCCUUCCUUAGGUGGAGCUUGUGGCUACCACAAGGUAUGGCUUAGCUUCAGAGGUAAAGUGUAGAAGCAAAUGAGGUCUGAUUGGUAAUAGAGUUGGGAUAGGCCAUAUUUAGGGUAGAGCUCUAGGGCUUUGGACUGAGUGCAGAGCAACCUGCUGAGAUGCUCUGGUCUUAGUGCAGUAGUGCCAGGGCAGCUGCUGGUCCUAGCCCAGUAUGUCCACAGCAUCUGGCUAAUUGUCCUCCCCGCUUUUCCCCAUUCAUUUUAUUUCUAAACCUGGUCUAAUCUGGAGCAGGUUUGGCUGUUGCCAGAGUUAGCAAAAAUUUUAGCUGGUCAUCUGAGUUUGUAACAGCUCUAAACAAGAACAAAUAUCCAAGUGGUUCUUUUUCAGUUGUUGGUUCUUCUCGUGGCAUAUAAGACCACUUGUCCCUGCUCCAACCUCCAUUCUUUUGUGGGGUCUCCCUCUUUUACAUGUCCAUGCCCCUCUCUCCAUGUGCAUGUGUACUGUGGAAAACCAAAGGCACAGAGUAAGAAGUGUGAAAGGCAGAAAAUCCCAGCUGUUGUCCACCUGGCAGUCGGUGCAAGUUAAGACAAAAGACAACUUAGCACUGAUGAUCCAGUUUAUUUGUGGAGCUGCAGCAACAAAACACAUGUGCAUGUGGAUUAUUAUGAAAUUUAAACAAAAAGCUUAGUUACUGUUUGCUUGGUUUUCAGUGGAAUUGGUGCUUGAGGUUUUGUUUUAAUUUUCUUCUGUUGAGCAAACACUGAAGCCAUAGAUCUGAAGACAGCCAGCUCAUCUGUUUGUGUUUCCUUUCUCUUCUUUGCCUUUUCCCUAUUCCUGUGAUUCUCAGACACAGACAUCAUAGCUACAUGGUGCAUGAUGUAUAAUUGACCUUUAACUCAUUAAUCAGUUAAAUGAUUCAGAUAUAUAAAAUUACACACAUCUUUCAGACUUAGAUUCCAGUCAUUACAAGCAAAAAACUCAUCGGUUGCUUUUGGGCCCAGAACCAGACAGUCAUAUGACGAUGAGUGUAGCAGACAAUUACACCAACAAAGGGAUGAGUUGGCUGCUUUGGCUGCUUACAAACUAUGAGGCAGUAACUUCAGUUGUUGUGUUGGAGACAAAAAUGCUGCAGUCUUAAAGAAAAGCAAUGUUUUCUCAAUCACUGAUUUUUUUUUUUUUUAAUUUUUUUAUUUUUUAUUUCUGGCAAACAAAAAAUUUCUAUCAAAUGAAAUUAUAAUGUCUUUGAGUCUUUGAUUUCCAGCCAGUUCAUUAUCAGCUGAUGCUCAAACAAAGUAUCUGAAGCACUAAAAUCUUUCCAGUAUUAUUUUC